AUGACUUUCCUACUUCUCCAGCCUAACAGAUUGACUAGCUGGCUUUUCUUUUUACUAACCGCCUUCAGCUUCGUCGGAAGUGAGAAGCUGCUAGUGAUUCCUCAAGAUGGGAGCCACUGGCUCAGCAUGCGUAGUGUGGCUGAGAAGCUUCAUGAGAGAGGACAUGAAAUAGUGGUGGUGGCACCAGAAACAAAUUUGCUCCUGAAAGAAUCAGAGUAUUAUGAGAGGAAAACGUACCCAGUGCCAUAUUCGGAAGAGGAACUCAAAAAGGGAUUUCAGACGUUUGCCAGAAACUUGUUCCGUAGGGUUCCUUUUCCUUACACAAUCCUUCAAGAAUACCGAAACAACAUGUAUGUAAUAGACCUGUUUUUCCACAACUGCGACAGUCUUCUGAAGAACAGAGAAGUCAUAAAACACCUGGAACAAAGUCAUUUCGAUGCGCUGUUGACAGAUCCGGCUUUGCCAUGUGGAGUCAUCCUGGCCGAACAUCUCUCCAUCCCCUCUGUGUACUUCUUUCGUGGGUUCCCGUGCAGUUUAGAGCAUGCCAUUUGUAAAUCUCCGAACCCUGUUUCCUAUGUCCCACGAUGCUAUACCAGGCACACAGACCGAAUGACUUUCCCCCAACGUGUGGUUAAUCUGGUUGUAAAUUCUUUAGAGACCUCGCUUUUUAAGACUCUUUAUAACAAGUACCAAGAUAUCGCUUCAGAGUUCCUGCAGAGAGAUAUUCACUUACCGACGCUUUACAGAAACGGCUCCAUCUGGCUUUUGCGCUAUGACUUUGUGUUUGAGUUUCCCCGGCCUCUUAUGCCUAACAUGGUCUUCAUAGGAGGCAUCAACUGUGAGGAAAGGAAACGCCUGCCACAGAAACAAGAGAUCACCCCAGAGGCCCUGUGCUCCAUUUCUGGCUUGGAAGAUGCUCAGGAGGAAGUCAUGAAGUCAGGCCCAUAG